GAUAUUUUCAUGCAAGAAAACAAAACCAGACUAUCUGAUGGACUGCAUUAUUUUUCCAGGCGGCUUGGAACUGCAACUGCAAAGUAAGAAGUUUUAUGCUUAGCCUUCAAAACUUCUCCUGUGCUGCUGAGAGAGUAUCUGGAGGCUUUCCUCAAAGCUGAGCUUCAACAGGAACAGAGAGGAUUCAGAUGAUUGGUAUAAGAAUCCAGGCAUUAAUAAUGAUUAUUUGAUCAUGGUUUUGGAAUAAUAAGAAGAUAUUCCCUGUCUACAUAUGUGGAGUGUUGUUUCUAAAGAAAAUGGAGUAAUGAAGUCAUUUUGAUCUCUGAUGGGUGAAACUCAUUGGAAUGGAAACCAACAUCUAUGGAACAAACCAAGGCUCGCCAUGUCUUACAUCUGCCAAGUGCCUGGGGACUCCAAAGGCAGCAAAGUAUGAAGAAUACCAAAGAAACAAAGAACAGAAAAGCCCAUAUGAAUUUCAGGAUGUUUUACUGGAACCUGAGAUGAGUUUGCUGUCUGCGUCAUCCAUAAUAGACCACAGUGAGACAUCCUUGCAACCUGGUGGGACUGCAGAGAGUGUCACCAAUCAAUCUGAAGCAGAGCAGCUCUGUGAAGAAUUAUUGCAUUCUGCAAGGCACAAGCCAAAGGAAGAAGCUCUGAACUUUACCUCACACAUAGAAUGGCCACUCCUUGCCAGAGAAAAUCCAGCCAAGAAACCAGAAAGGAGACAUGAAAUCAGAGUCAUAAGACACAAGCCAAGUGCUAUCACAUUUUCUGAUUUUGAAUUUUUAUCACAUGAAGGUAAUACUAAACUCCAUAUUUCUGAGGCAGGAGAAGAAGAUUUUUCAUCUGAAGAGGAAGAAGCAGAUGGCAGAGGUGAUGAUGAUCUGUUUACAGAACUGCCGCUGUAUGAAGCAUUUUUCAAUGGCCUUCACAGAACGGAUGUUUUCCCAAGAAAGCAAGCUAAAUGUGAGCUUACUGAGUAUCCACACAUCUGUCAUUUAGAAGACUGUGAUGAUAAUUCAAAAACGGAACCGAAGGACCAUGAUAAGGAAGAAAAACACACGGAGCUGGAGACCCAAUCAGAAAAAAGAUCGGAAUGGCCAGACUCUAUGUCAUGUCUUAUGAAGAAACUGGAACAGCUGAAUUUAGAUAUUGAAGAAGCUCUGAGUGCUAGCUCGUCUCCCUCCAGUACUCCUUCUACCACAAGGCACAAACAACUGUGUCCUGCUCAAGUGGAGACAAGCUCUUAUGGAGAUCAUCAAGGAAAAGGAUCGUGGAAGCACAGAAGUGCAGACUACCAGGAUUUAGACUGUUUACCUUACCCAGUAUCAACUGGAGCACGACCUAAACCUUAUGUGCUGUUUCAGAAGCUGUCUAAGGAGAAAGCAGAAAUCGAAGCAAAGGAAGCGUGUGACUGGUUACGUGCAGCUGGAUUCCCCCAGUAUGCUCAGCUCUGUGAGGACUCCCAGUUUCCAAUUGACAUUGCUGCAGUAAAGAAAGAUCAUGAUUUUCUUGACAAGGACCUUGUAGAACCUCUUUGCAGACGACUGAACACACUGAACAAGUGCGCCUCAAUGAAACUCGAUGUGAAUUUCCAAAGAAAAAAGAGUGAAGAUUCAGAUGAAGAAGACCUCUGUGCUAUCAGUAAUAAAUGGACUUUCCAAAGAACAAGCAGACGAUGGUCUCGAGUGGACGACAUUGAUGCUUUACUUAGCCAAUCAGACAGACAUGGAUCUUCUGGGGAUAUUAAAAUGAAAAAUACGACAAGCAGUGAGAGCGUCCUUACAGAUCUGAGUGAACCUGAGGUCUCAUCUGUUCACAGCGAGAGCAGUGGGGGAAGUGACAACAGGAGUCCAUCCAGCAUUAGCAGCAUUGCCAGAGAGACCUGCAACUGCUCUGGCCAGCAUGAGAGCACACUGCUGCCAGACUUAACGGUGAUAAGCACUGCCCUGUCCCCCAAGGACAACGUGAAGAAUGAGAAACCAAUGCGAACCAAAACAAAAACCUUUCUAAAGCGCAUGGAGACACUAAAAGCAAAAGGUGUGCAUGGAAAACUAAAAGGCUCAGGAAGAGCAGGUCCUUUAGAGAUAAGCAGACCUGUUCUUCAGCGUGAGCCAAAAUCCUUGAAGGAUAUGCACUGUGUACAGAUAGUCAAUGGGGAUCUCCAAAACUUAGCACAAGAUUCAAGCAAACGAGGACUUCCCUUUUCUGCCAAAUCCAGCAGUGAAAGCAGCCAGUCUGAAAACAGCAGCAGCGGGGUGAGCACACCGUGUUUGAAAGAACGCAAAUGUCACGAAGCAAACAAGAGAAGUGGGAUGUACCUGGACGAUCUGGAUGUUCUGGCAGGAACAGCUUUACGGCAAGUGGUGGACCAAAACCGCAAAAAUGAAUUUCAUUCCCAAGAGAACUUGGUUGUGCAUAUUCCCAAGGACCACAAACCAGGGACCUUCCCAAAGGCACUUUCUAUUGAAAGCCUCUCACCUACAGACAACAGUAAUGGUGUAAACUGGCGGACAGGCAGCAUCUCUUUGGGAAAACAGAACUGCUCUACUCCAAAAGAGGCUGGAUUGAUGGCUUGCUGUCCUAAAGAGAGCAGAAUUAGUAUUUAUGACAAUGUGCCAGGUUCGCACUUGUAUGCUAGUACUGGAGACCUUCUGGAUUUAGAAAAAGGUGAACUUUUUCCUCAUUUAGAUGACAUUUUGCAACAUGUCAAUGGACUCCGGGAUGUAGUAGAUGGUUGGUCAAAGAAUGUGUUGCCAGGUCUGCCAGUUGAUGAUGUGUCAGUCAGAGAGUCUCCGUCAUUACCUUUCCAGUCACCCACACAGAUCACACUUGAUUUUGAAGGAAACUCUGUCUCUGAUGGCCGGACCACACCAAGUGACAUGGACAGAGAUGGAACAUCCCUGAACGAAUCAGAGGCUACUGGUGUUAGGGACAGGAGAGACUCUGGGGUGGGAGCAUCUCUCACAAGGCCAAGCAGACAAUUACGAUGGCAUAGUUUCCAAAUUUCUCAUCAUGUGAGCCACUCCAUCGCAUCACUUCACAUCAGUAAUCAGUCAGCAGCCCAGCUGAAUCUGCUGCAGAAAUUCUCUCUACUUCGUCUUACAGCCAUCAUGGAAAAAUACUCCAUGUCAAACAAACAUGGCUGGACCUGGUCUGUACCAAAGUUCAUGAAGCGGAUGAAAGUCCCUGACUACAAGGACAAAAAUGUCUUUGGCGUGCCUCUGAUAGUUCAUGUCCAGAGAACAGGACAGCCUCUUCCCCAAAGCAUUCAGCAAGCACUACAUUACUUAAGGGGCAACUGUUUAGAUCAGGUGGGUCUGUUUCGAAAAUCUGGGGUGAAGUCUCGAAUCCAGGCCCUGCGUCAGAUGAAUGAGAGCUCCCCAGAAAACGUCAACUAUGAAGACCAGUCAGCGUAUGAUGUGGCAGAUAUGGUAAAGCAAUUUUUCCGUGACUUGCCAGAACCUCUCCUCACAAGUAAGCUGGGAGAGACUUUUCUACACAUCUACCAAUAUGUCCCCAAGGAGCAGCGGCUGCAGGCGGUGCAGGCAGCCAUCAUGCUGAUGUCAGAUGAGAACAGGGACGUUUUGCAGACGUUGCUGUGCUUCCUGAGCGACGUCACCUCUGUGGAGGAGAAUCAGAUGACUCCUAUGAACAUAGCUGUUUGUCUGGCCCCUUCCCUCUUCCAUCUCAAUAUAGUGAAGAAAGAAAGUUCUCCGAGAGUAAUCCAGAAAAAAUAUGCAACAGGGAAGCCAGAUCAGAAGGAUCUCAGUGAAAACCUGGCAGCUACUCAGGGACUUGCUCACAUGAUAAUGGAAUGCAACAAACUUUUUGAGGUCCCACAUGAGAUGGUCACUCAGUCCCGAAACUCCUACAUCGAUGCAGAAGUGCAUUCUCCCACCCUGGAUGAACUUGGGAAACAAGUGGAUGAGGAAGGAGGGAACUACCAGAUGUACCUUGAAAGUCUCAUGCAGAAUCUCCACAAAGAAGCAAAAGAGAAAUUCAAAGGAUGGGUCACCUGUUCCAGUAUGGAGAAUACAGAACUCGCCUACAAAAAGGUUGGGGAUGGGAACCCUCUAAGGCUUUGGAAAGCCUCAGUGGAAGUUGAAGCCCCGCCAUCAGUUGUCCUGAACCGAGUGUUGAGAGAACGUCACCUUUGGGAUGAGGACUUCUUGCAGUGGAAGGUGGUUGAGAGCCUGGACAAGCAGACAGAAGUUUACCAGUAUGUUCUGAACAGCAUGGCUCCCCAUCCCGUAAGAGAUUUCGUUGUUCUAAGGACGUGGAGGACAGAUUUGCCAAGGGGAACGUGCAUGCUGGUUGCCAUCUCUGUGGAACAUGAAGAGGCUCCUCUUAUGGGAGCGGUGCGAGCCAUCGUGAUGGACUCUCAGUACCUGAUAGAGCCAUGUGGCUCAGGAAAAGCCAGGCUGACCCAUAUCUGCAGAAUCGACCUAAAAGGACAUUCCCCAGAGUGGUAUAACAAAGGCUUUGGACAUCUGUGUGCAGCAGAAGUUGCCAGGAUCAGAAACUCAUUUCAGCCUCUGAUUGCUGAGGGACCAGAAACGAAAAUCUGAGGAAGUGUUUGUGGAAAUGUGUACGUGUAAAUCGGGGUAUGGCAGAGAACAGGAAGACAGAAAGCAGAGAUCUUUUUGGGGUUAUAGAAGUCUGACCAGGCCCAGGUCUGUUCAAAGGUGAAAAAGGAAUUUUAUAGGAAAGUUCUUUUAUUCUGGAGACUUUGCCUCUCACGUCCCUUCUGCAUUAAUUUCAAUUGCUGAAGUAAAAUUUCCUUCAAAGACCUUUUAUCUUUAUUGUUUUAAAACCAUACUAUUGCCAUGACUUGUGUGUUACAUAACUCUGGUAUUUAAAGGCUUCUAAGAAGCAUAUUUUAAUUGUACAUAAAUUGUGUACAGUAUGUAUAUAUUUAUCUAUAUUACAUCUAUAUAUAUAUAUGUAUAUGUAUAAAUUAAUUAUUUUGUAUAUAACUCAGUGCUUUCUAGAAGUCACUUGCAUCAUUUGGACCGUAAAUGAAUCUGUCACUUGUUUCUUAGUGUGUCACUGCUACAUAAGCUGUGUUUGCUGUUAUCACAGGGCUACCAGGCAUAACCUGCGUGAUAACAGAAACGUCUGUUCUCGGGUUUGUUUUGUGUUUGUGUGCUACAAGAAGGUACCUAGAAAUAGAUGUAGAAGAAUUAAGAGAAUUAAGGAAGAGGGAGGUGGCUGUAGGUUAAAAAGUAACGAGCGGAUCCGUUUUGACAGGUACACUGCAUGGAGUGUAACUGAGACAUUUUGAAGGCCAUUUAUAUUCAGCUGCAGAAAGUUUGUGACUGUCAGUACAAGGAAAUGUUGGAAACUUAGCUACUGCCUUAAUUAAUGGUCUGUCUGUCACUAGAGAACCUCGCUAUGUCAGUGUUCAGUGUAACUGCUCAUUCUUAGCAAGUACAGUAUAACACUGUGUGUACUGAGGUAUCUGAAAUCAGACUGGUAAGUUAAUAAGCUGUAAAUCUUUUGUUUAGCAUUUCAUCUAGGCUGUGAGGAAGUGUUUCUGUGUUGUACUUUCCUUCAUCCAUAGAGAUGGCUAAUUACUGAGAAGCUCCAAAGCAGAUUUUCUACAUCCAGUGGACACAAAGAUGUACGGAUGAACACCACGCCUUUUAGUACUCUUCCUAUAAAAAUAAAUAAACUUUUUGAAGCUUUUAAACACAUCUCAGAGAUGUAAAAGAUUAAAUGCAGACUAUGCUUGGGAAGAUUGCUUUUAUAGUAACAGCAAGCAUUUUUGUAUUAUAUUGCACUGAUCUGCAUGGUCCUGCCUCUAUAGGCAUUGGUGGGAGCAGGAUCAGCCCCUGACUAUGAGGAGUAGGAGCCAUGUAAGCCUAUUAUACCGUUUCAUUUUCAGGGACCUAUUAUUUGCUAAUGGAAGAAUGCUUUAAAAGUCAUAAUAAUGAUGUGUUGAUGCUACCAUUGAGGCAGGGUUCUCUUCUGUUUUUAACUAACCUAAGACCAAAAAUGAUAUUACAUCUAUGAUUCAAUAAGAAUGUACAAGCCUGUUACUAUUGUUCUUCAUUAAUCGCAUUUGUUCACUUUGUCUUUAUUUAUUGCUGCAUAAACCAGCUGAGACAUUCAUAGCCAAUGUUUUAGCUCAGUCCUUCCAGCAAAAUCCACUGAGAUUUAGUAUGAGGUCAGUGAAAUGGGAGACAUUUCCUACAGGAAGCUAGUCUUCUGUCCCGAUCAACUUUAUGGAGAAGGUUUCCCAUGCAGUAGCUCUGCUUGUGUGGUGAAUCUGCCCUGGGUACAGGGAUUGUGGGUAGACAGUUGAAGGUAGAGCAUAGCUCCACGUGUCCCUGUGCACAUGAGUAAGGGCUGUGCUGGUGGGGUGGACAGUGGCAGGGUGACCCAGCACGGUCCCACCAUGGAGCAGCAAGUCCCUGCAAAAGUCACUGGCAUCUAUCCCUUGUCAGCUGCUGCACUCUUUGUCUCACCCAGCAACGCACAGGAUCAGGGAGCUUGGUUGCCUAUGAGCUCAUGUGUUGAGUUUGUUGCCAACAAUCACAGAAUCAUGGUUUGGGUUGGAAGGGACCUUUAAGAUCAUCUAGUUCCAACCCCCCUGCUAUAUGCAGGAAUACCUUUCUCUAGACCGGGUUGCCAAAAGCCCCAUCCAGCCUGGCCUUGAAUGCUUCCAGGUAGGGGGCACCCACCACCUUGCUGGGCAACCUGGUCCAGUGUCUCACCACCCUCACUAUAAAUAAUUUCUUCCUAAUAUCAAGUUGCAACAGCAGUUGCAACAUGCAAAUAUUGGGAGUUUUUAAGUAUUAAGAGAUGAGCGAGAGCACUUGCACCCUAUGUGCUCGCCAUGAGGUCCUUGUUCUCCCCACGUGAAAGGCCACAGGCAGCCAUGGAAACCACCCACUGCCCACAUUCAGCCUUUCCCCUGCUGCCAUUGGUUGGGACUGCGAUCCCAAGGAGCAGCACCUCCUCCCAUCAAUGCCUGUAGCCAUGGCAGCAGAUUUCAUACCAGCUGUUUUCCAAAACAGGAGCAAUUAGAGUGCUUCUGCUACAUUAGUUUGCAUAAAUGAAUACAAUUGUGCCGCAGUAUCAAUGGACGCAGAUUCUCUGACUCUGGGAACGGCAAUUGUCUGACACUAAAUUCUGAAGGAAAUGAAGGGAAAACCUGGACAGUGGUUUUAUCCUAUCUGAGAACUCAUCACUCAGCUGGAAGGGGCCCUGUGCCACUGCCACCGUUAGCAAGGUGGGUUUGUCCUCCUACCAUUGCAGAAGCUCUGUCUUAUGCUCCCAGCAUCUCUAAGCCGUGUAUCAAUGAAAUACGUUCUUGUUAAAAUGCACAUUAUGCCAUGUCUACCAUUCAGCUACCACAGUACUAUUGUUACAUUGCCGUUGAGAAUACAUUGAAUACAUUAUGAUGAUUAUGUUUUGAAAUGUUAUAUUCAUAUCAAUACCUCAUAUUUUUACCUCAUCUGUUGGUAUCAGUCAUUUAGUUGUAAAUAAAUAAUUGCAGAAUUGAAUAAAUUUGCAUACAUUAAAGAA